UAAGAUUUUAAUUUGACGCAGCAAUUUGAUUUGUUGAUUUCUAUCCACGUAAUUGAUAAUACUGGAGUCACACUAAAAUUUUCUCAAAUAGUGCGAAGCUUGCGAUCAUUGAGGAGCUACCUCUUUUACACACUAAUUAUAUACAGAUAAGCUUCACAUAACCAUCAAAAAUGAUUGCUGGUUUCCAGUACAUGGCUAUGACCAUAACGGGAGCGUUUCAUUUGGGUAUUGGAAUUUUGUGUUUCAUUAUUUCAAUGGUGGGAUUUUCAACAAAAAUAUUACAGUACCAACCCACUGGACAUUUGUCUAAUGUUACCUCUGCUGCAGCAUGUAUUGUAAGUCUAUGGGUUAUCGCAGUUGGCAUCUUUGGAAUUCUUGCUGGUCACAAGUCAAAUACAGAAUUACAAACCAGGAGAAUGAAAAUUACCUACAUGGUCCUUGCCAUUUUGUCAGCAUCUAUCUUUUCAAUUGUUGGAAUGAGUGCCCUUUCUGGCCAUGCAACUUGGAUUGCAAUGUUUCUCGUUAUAAAAGUUAUUAUCCUUUAUUUUGUGUUGGAUCCUUUGCUAUGUUUGCGGAAUUUGUUUUGGCUAUUGUCUCUUCAUCCAUUUGCUGCUGCUGCUCACAAGCAAAGAGUAAUGUAGUUGUUAUCCAUCAGAACCAGGCUACUGAAUUCGUGAAUCCGUCAAUUAAUACACACUACUCACCAAUUACUCAUUAUUCUCCAAAUGUUGCUGACCCAUAUAUGCCUCAAGAAUUCAAUGAAAUGAAAUAAAUUUUUUCAUUUUUUGUGAAAUUGAGAAAUGUUUGAAAAGCAUGAAACAGUUUAAAAAUUCUUUUUUUUUUUUUAAAUUUGUAUAUUCUCACUAUUCAGUAAAACUGACCAGAAUCUCUUAAUCAACAUCCCUGUUGUCUACUCUCUCUCUCUUUCUCUCUCCAUAUAUGUAUGUAUACACACACACACAAACAUCUACAUUCAAAAAAGCCUUAGCAUCGUACUAUUGUCACUGAAGCUGACCCUAUUACGAUAACCAUCUGUGCUAUUUUACUGUUAAAGUAAUUGUCAAGGUUUUUAAUAUCAAAUUUUAUUUACCAUACAUAAUUACA